CCAGAGGGGAUCUCCUUUUCUAAUUGACUCUCAGAGACCAAUCCUUCUGGACUGAACUCCACAGCUUGCACAGCGACACAGUGCAAAUCUACUGGAAAUGCAGGCACGCUGAAUGCAAGAGGGCAGGUAUUAAAACAGGUGUUUCCCUGAGGCCCACCUUGUUAGAGGAGCGGUCGGCCCCCUCCCGCCACCAUGACCACAUCGCUACGGGACGUCGUGUCCCCAUCAGCCCCCGGCCUGCUAUUGCUCCUCCACCUCCUCGUCCUCCCGCCCACGAUGUCCCAGCAGCCUCUGCUCUCUUCCACCCCCACUCCCACCCCCACGCUGGCCACGCAGCCCUCGCCGGAGUGCACCCGCCGAGAGCACCCUGUAGUCUCCUUCCGAGCACUGAGCCCCUGGAUCUCAAACUUCUCCCACCCUGGAGUGAGAGACUACUCCCAGCUGACCUUGGACCUCACCAGGAAUCAGCUGAUAGUGGGAGCGAGAAACUACCUCUUCAGGCUGAGCUUAAGCAAUGUCUCCCUAAUACAGGCAACAGAAUGGGGCCCAGACGAAGACACCAGGAGGUCCUGUCAAAGUAAAGGGAAGACGGAGAUGGAGUGCCAGAAUUACAUCCGGGUGCUGCUGGUCAAUGGGAAGAGGGUGUUCACCUGUGGCACCAACGCCUUUCUGCCCGUUUGCACUACCCGACAGAUUGGGAACAUGAGUAGGGUGCUGGACAGGGUGAAUGGCGUGGCACGCUGUCCCUACGACCCCCGCCACAACUCCACGGCCGUGGUGACAGAGAAGGGGGAGCUCUACGCCGCCACCGUCAUCGACUUCUCCGGCCGGGACCCCGUCAUCUACCGCAGCCUGGGGAACAUGCCGCCCCUGCGCACUGCACAGUACAACUCCAAGUGGCUCAACGAGCCCCACUUCAUCUCGGCGUACGACGUGGGCCUCUUCACCUACUUCUUCCUGCGGGAGAACGCCGUGGAGCACGACUGCGGCAAGACCGUCUACUCACGGGUGGCGCGCGUCUGCAAGAACGACAUCGGCGGCCGCUUCCUGCUGGAGGACACCUGGACCACCUUCAUGAAGGCGCGGCUCAACUGCUCGCGCUCCGGCGAGAUCCCAUUCUACUACAACGAGCUGCAAAGCACCUUCUACCUGCCUGAGCAGGACCUCAUCUACGGCAUUUUCACCACCAACGUGAACAGCAUCGCUGCCUCAGCGGUUUGCGCGUUCAAUCUGAGCGCCAUCACCCAGGCCUUCAACGGACCCUUCCGCUACCAGGAGAACCCCCGCUCCACCUGGCUGCCCACCCCAAACCCCAUCCCCAACUUCCAGUGUGGCACCAUCAACGAUAACGGCCCCAAUGAGAACCUGACGGAGCGCAGUCUGCAGGACGCCCAGCGCCUCUUCCUGAUGAACGAUGUGGUGCAGCCCGUCUCCAUCGACCCCCUGGUCAUGCAGGACAACGUCCGCUUCUCCAAGCUGGUGGUGGACAUCGUGCAGGGACGCGACACGCUCUACCAUGUCAUGUAUAUUGGCACAGAAUAUGGAACCAUUCUGAAGGCCCUUUCCACAGCCAAUAAGAGUCUGCGUGGGUGUUACCUGGAGGAGAUGCAGCUUCUCCCCCCUGGCGUGCAGGAGCCAAUCCUGAGCCUCCAGAUCCUCCACAGUGAUAGAUCACUCUUUGUUGGCCUCAACAAAAGAGUUCUGAAGAUCCCUCUGGAGAGGUGUUCCAACUACAGAACUGAAUUGCUGUGUCUAAAUGCGAGGGACCCCUACUGCGGCUGGGACCGAAAACAGAGGCGCUGUACCACCAUCGAGGACAGCUCCAACAUGAGCCUGUGGACCCAGAACAUCACUGAAUGCCCGGUGAGAAACCUGACUGUGGACGGUGGCUUUGGGCCCUGGGCGGCAUGGCAACCCUGUAGCCACGAUGACGGGGACAGCACCAGCGCCUGCUUGUGCCGUUCAAGGUCAUGUGACAGCCCCCUCCCCCAGUGCGGGGGCCGGGGCUGUGAAGGCCCAACCAUCGAGGUGUCCAACUGCUCCAGGAAUGGAGGUUGGACCCCCUGGUCCUCCUGGGCUCAGUGCAGCACCAGCUGUGGCAUCGGGUUCGAAGUCCGGCAGCGCUCCUGCAACAACCCCUCACCCCGGCACGGGGGCCGUAUCUGCGUGGGGCAGAGCCGGGAAGAGAGGUUGUGUAACGAGAAGGUGUCCUGCCCGCUGCCCAUCUUCUGGUCAUCCUGGGGUUCCUGGACCAAGUGUAGCGCCGAGUGCGGAGGAGGGGUCCACUCCCGGGUCAGGAGCUGCGAGAAUGGGAACAGCUGCCCAGGCUGUGCACUGGAGUACAAGGCCUGCAACCUGGAGGCCUGCCCGGAGGUGCGUCGCAACACGCCCUGGACCCCUUGGAUGCCUGUGAAUGUGACGCAGGGCGGGGCGCGGCAGGAGCAGAGGGUGCGGUACACCUGCCGCGCCCAGCUGCCGGACCCCCACGAGCUGCAGUUCGGCAAACGCAAGGUGGAGACGCGCUUCUGUCCGAACGACGGCACCUCCGCCUGCGAGACCGACACUCUUGUGGAGGAUUUGUUGAAGACGGGUCGGCCUGUGGUGCGGGCAGCGGGAACUGGUUGGUCGUCGUGGGAGACGUGGUCUGCCUGCUCUCAGGAAUGCGGUAAAGGCUUCCGCACCCGCAAGCGUACCUGCGCCACCCCGGAGGGCAAGAGCGCCCCUGCAGCCUGCAGCGGGUCCACCGUGGAGUACCAGGACUGCAACUCCCAGCCCUGCCCGGUCAAAGGCGCCUGGUCCUGCUGGUCCCCCUGGUCCCAGUGUUCGGUCACCUGUGGAGGGGGCCACUACCAACGCACCCGCAGCUGCAACAACCCCGCCCCAGCCGACGGAGGGGACAUCUGUAUCGGCCUGCACACGGAGGAGGCCCUGUGCAACACACAUCCAUGCGAGGCAGGUGGCUGGACAGCCUGGUCCGAGUGGAGCCCCUGCGAUGAUGCCGGGCUGCAGGUACGCAGCCGGACCUGUGAGGACCCCGAAGAGGGCCCCGGUCCCAGCCCCGGCCCAAACCCCUGCCCCGGAAACAGCACCGAGCACAGGGACUGCCUGCUGGAUGAGAUCCCAGUGAUUCUUCCUGCCUCUGGCUUCGACAAGGACCAGCACUGUGGGGGCUUCACGCUGAUCCACCUGAUUGCCACAGGCGUGUCCUGCUUCUUCGGAGCCGGGCUGCUGACCUUCCUGGUGUACGCCUACUGCCAGAGGUUCCACAAGCCCUCGCAGGAGUCGGCCGUCAUUCACCCCACCACGCCCAACCACCUCAACUACAAGGGCAACACCACGCCAAAGAACGAGAAGUACACCCCCAUGGAGUUCAAGACGUUAAACAAGAACAACCUGCUCCCGGACGAGAGGACCAACUUCUUCCACUCGCCCCUCCAGCAGACCAACGUCUACACCACCACCUACUACCCUGCCACGCUCAACAAGUAUGACUACCGGCCCGACUCCUCCCCCUCCCCCUGCAGGACCUACACACACAGCUGAGGCACGCUACCUGUCCCCCACCCCCCCCAACACCUCGUCGUCACGGUAACAGGACCGGACCCUCCUCCCCCUCUCCCCUCUCUUCUUGUACCCUAAUUUUGUGGGGUGUGAGCAAGAGCUUCUCUGGUGCGGACUGCAGGCUUGGCCUGGACUGGGACACCUGGAUGAGGGCAGCCCUCACCCCUACACUCCUCCUCACAGAGGAAACAAACCUGACACUUUAUUAUAAUCUUUUUUUUUUUUCUUUCUUUACUUGGUCCUGAACAUCUUGGUUUUAAGAUGGCACUUUUUAAGGACAAUGAGGAUAAUGUUCCUUGUGGACUGGCAUACAGUGACUCACCCCCUCCCCCCAUCUCCUUGUCUGUGGAACUGGAUCACUGCGGGAGAAUCUUCUAACUAAAGUAGGACAUGCAAAAACGAAACCUGGUAACCACAGAGAGUAGUGUCAAUGCCAAGUGCCACCAGGGCAAAGGUUGUGUGCACACAUCUCUGUGAACUGGUCAUUUUUGUGUGGAAUCUGGUUAUCCCCACCCUGGAAAUGUUGGUAAAUGUAGCCUUUUGAGAAAAGAACAAAAUAAAUAAAUAUAAACGUUCAUCACACAAUAAAAGCCAUCACUAAAAAACUAUCCUAGCACGUAUUGGUAUUCCAGCUUUGGUACAUGAGAAGGACUAGUCAGGAGCUGAAGAAUAUGGUGCAGUGGACAGUCUCCCCAGGCUGGGAAGUAACUGCACGCUACAGGAGUGCAUUGAAUGGGGAAAAGGUUCUUUCCAGGUUUUGACAGGUACGGAGUUGGAACUGCUUGUCUUCCAUUCCACUUGAUUUCUGAAACCCUAUGAGGGAAUUUGGCGAAUGUCUUGCUUUUCGGUUUUACUCGUGUCAUGCCACGCAUCUGUUUGGUCCCGGUCAUGGUUCCACUCCACUCGGCAGCAGCUUAUGAAUAAUGUAUAAUCACAGGAAUUGUGCCAGUACUGGUUUCUCUUGAUUUAGGGAAUUAAGGACAAGAUUGGGUUAGAGUAAGUUAAGCCCCUCACAAACCUGCACCGAGUGUGUGAACGUGAGAAUUGGGGUAUCUGUGAUCCUCACAGCAGUUGCUGUGGAAUAUGGAGAGUGCUUUUGAGAAAAGCCCCAGGUGCAAGUAUGCGUAUGGGGUAGCGAUGAAAAGAUCAGGGCUGCUGCUUUCUACUUUUCUUUUUUUUUUUGAAGAAUAAAGGAUUUUUAGUUGGGAAAGCGCGCUGUACUCUCAAAAGGGUACAUUCAGCUGAGUACGAUCAUGAUCAUAUUAAAUAUGCCCAGUAUACAGGCCUGGACUUCUUUGACUUACGGUAGCAACGGUUGGCAGUUCAGGCACUUAUUUUUUAAGAUUUUGUCAAAGGGAAUGUGUUUUAAAGAGGAGUAGGGCAGACUGUAACAGUUGUGUAAUACCAGGGUCAAACUUGCAAUGGAACAAAACUUAAAAUGCAAGAAUUCCAUGCAACAUAAAAUACGUCAAUCUUAAACGGGCCAUGUUUCAACAGCAUCACGUUCAUUGUCAAGAUUCAUCUGCAAACAGCAAACAAAGCAAGUAACGGCAUGCAUAGGCAAAUAUUUACUCUGUCCGCGUAUAUGCUACUAUGAGAAAUGUUGACUGUAAAGUUCAAUGGCAUCCCCAAUGAACAAAACUAAAUCAUGCUUUUCAGAGUUAUUCAAUAUUUGAAGCAGAGGUUAUAAAGAGGGUCAUCUUUCUGUGUGUGUGUGUGUGUGUGUGUGUGUGUGUGUGUGUGUGCGGUGUCUGUAUGUUAGGAUGAGGGUGGAGGGGUUGUGGAGUGUUCUUUUGUAUAUGGAGAGUGCUUUCUCACAUGCACCUCCUGUAAAAUAUUUUGGAAACAUUAAAGGGGAAUGCAUUUCUGUCACUCGUCAGUGAAAUCACAGCCACCUUUGUGUGCACACCGUCGAUGCACUAUGUGUUUUGCCAUGUGUGUAAAAAAAAAAAAUCAUUAUAAGCUAUUGGGAUGAAAACGGUCAUGAACAAUAUGCUAAUAAUUUAUACUGAAUCUUGGGAUCUAAUGGGCAUUUGAUUACUUUUUUUUUUUUUUUUUUUUUACCAUGCCUGUCCAUUGAACGCAAAGCCGGAAGCAUUUCCAGUUCAGCUAAGCUUGAGAGUUCUAUCUGUACAUAGGAAACCCUGUUCAAUGACAAUUUAAUGAAAUCUAAAGUUAGUGUAAUGUAAAUGUAUAUUGUAUAGCUAACACUGUUUUUAAAAAGCCUUAUAGUUGUAAAAAGCGCAGACGUUAUGUAAAUACCAACCAUAGAGAUUGUGAGGGAUGGAGUUUGUCAGUGCUUCACUCUGUAUUGCAGCACGGUCCAAAGGGCAGUAGCAGGAGGGCGAGAGGCGAAUCGCUACGUCCAGAUCUUCAGAAUCCGUUUAACACCAGUGUCAAUUUAUCAUUGUCUGUUUCACCUUUAAAUUGAUUCAGUUUUUUUAGUAAAGUAGUUGUACUGUCAUGCUGUUAACUAUGGUAAUUAUAAUAAACUCAAGCUCCCACCCAGAUUCCUCCUCGUCGGUUCAGAAAACAUCUUCACACAUACCAGCACAGGACUUUUGACAUUUUAUUUUAUUAUUUUUUUGUCCAAUCAGCUGUCACAUCAGAGUCUGCAGAUGUAACGUUCACUCCAUUUCUGUUCUAUGAGAUUUCAAUUCAUGCCUGAAGGGCUCAAGAGCUGAAUUGGAAGUUGUGUUUAAAUUUGAAGUUUAAACAGAACACUGUUAAAAAAAAAAAAAACACCAAUCACAAGCAGUGUUUCUCCAGCUAGAUUGGAGUUUGAUCUUAAGUACAACUCAGCCUUGCCUGAGUGACUUUUGAAUGACUCUCCUGCUCUCAUUUCCCAUCUCCCCAGCACCUGACUGGGCUCCUUGAGUAGUUAUGAUAUGCUGCCCUCGCUGCUGAUUGGUUAUUAUUGGUAACCUGACACCUUUGCCCAGUGAUUAUCUGUGAUUGGACGUGCUGCCGUCACAUUGCCGAGCUCCAUCCCGAAGGCUCGGGGCCCUUCUAUGCAAUUGACCUGGUGGUACUGUUAGAUGCGUGAUCUAGACUGUAAUCACUGCCUUUUAGACACUGUGAAUUUUUGGUACUCUAUAUUUUUGUAUAUUGUACAUUGUAAAGAAUAAUAAACCAGAACCCUGAUGCC